UCACUCUCUCAGUAGAGGAGUGAAGUCAUCUGGCCUCAUCUGCUCCUUUUAAGCCGGCAUUUUUGAGAGGGAGGUCCCUUGCCAAGCAUAUACAAACACUCAGUCAAGCAUCCACACUCACGCCUUCACCAGCGGAGAACUCACCUAUUGCUUCACACAGAACAGGGAAGUUGACGUGACCUGACAUCAAGAUGGCAACAAAGGGUGCCGGCAUGGCUAACAAAGGUCCAUCCUACGGCCUGAGUCGGCAGGUCCAGGACAAGAUCGACAGCAAGUAUGACCCAGAGCUGGAGCAGAUUCUGGUGGAGUGGAUCAGCCGUCAGUGUGGCGCUGGUGUGGGGAAGCCAGAGCCUGGCAAACAGGGCUUCCAGGCUUGGCUCAAGGACGGAUGUGUCUUGAGCGAGCUCAUUAACAGUCUGUUUGCCGGCGAGAAGCCUGUGAAGAAGAUUCAGAGCUCGCCCAUGGCCUUCAAGCAGAUGGAACAGAUCUCCCAGUUUCUCAACGCUGCCGAGAAAUACGGCGUCACGAAGACCGACAUGUUCCAGACCGUGGACCUUUGGGAAGGUAAGGACUUGGCAGCGGUGCAGAGGACCCUGUCAGCUUUGGGAAGCUUGGCCGUUACCAAGGAUGAAGGCACAUACAAGGGAGACCCCAACUGGUUCUUCAAGAAGGCACAGGAGAACAAGCGAGACUUCAGCGAUGAGCAGAUGAAGGCUGGCAAAAAUGUGAUUGGCUUACAGAUGGGCUCCAAUAAGGGAGCCAGUCAGGAGGGCAUGAGCUACGGAAGACCUCGACAGAUCCUGUAAAGUCACUGAGCCGCCAGUGGAAAGGGCGCUCACUGCAGAGCCGCUGGCUUGGUCCAACUCCAUCUCCAGCCAUGCCACCAUCCUAAGUCCAACUUCAGAGAGAUGGAGCUAAAGCUGUUGUCUGCAGCGAGCAGCACUUGCAUCAGUACCCCAAACCUCUUUAGCCCCUCUUCUAACCAAAACCUCUGGUGCUUUUUACGAUCUCUUACACCCUUCGGUCCUCCCUAAACUUAAUAACUGUCACAGAGCCCUUAUUUACAUGCUCGCACUGGUGAUCAAUGCAGGGUUCAACUAUGCUUUGUCUUCGGACCAGUAACAACUGAAUGUUUGUAGUCUUAAGCUGCAAUUGUAGCCAUGAAAAAUGACCAAAAAGUGUCUUGUCAAACCAAACAAAAACCUUUCACAUACCAAAAGUUGAUCCGGUCUUUCCUUCGAUAAGGAACUCGUGUUGCAUCUGCCUCCCUGAAUUUUGAUGGGUUCUGACAGAAAUACGAAUUCGUUUACAUGCCGUAAAGCGUUCUUCUCAAAUUUACAAGCACAACCAUUUUGCACCAAUGCUCCUCAUUUUUACUGCUACCGUGUCAAGUACACGUCCCACAUCACUGCGCCUGCUGUAUCAGCGCUCAUAUUUUUGUACAUUGUCUUAUUAAAUAAUGACUUUGAAAUACA